GUUAUUGACAUUACUACCUGUUGUCGGCAAACGGCAGCAACAUCAGCUCGAUCAGUGGAUAAUCUCUUGGACGAAAUGAAACCCCUGGUGAUCCUUGUGGCCCUGGUGGGGUUUGGCGCCUGCGUUCGCGCAGAUGUCUCCCAUCUUUACGGAGGAGGUCAUCACGAUCACGGACAUGAUCACCAUCAUCACCACGACCACCACUUUGAUGUCCACUCCCAUGAUCACCAUGAUCAUUACGAUCACCAUGAUCAUUACGAUCACCACGAUCACCAUGAUCAUCACGAUCAUCACGAUCACCACGAUCUCCACAUCGAUCUCCACCAUCAACCGGAUACGCAUCAUCACCACCACCACGAGGCCAAGUCCGAUAUCCCCAGUGGAUACAACUAUGCCCCUCCAGAGAAGCCGCGUCAGAAGUACCUGCCCCCCAAGGUCUCCCUGCCGCCGCCACCCCCUCCUCCGCCCAAGGCCACCUACCUGCCUCCCUCGAAGCCAGAGGUGAAGUACCUGCCACCCGAACCGGUGGCCAAGUAUCUGCCACCCAAGGUGGCUCCCAGCCUACCUCCUCCACCACCGCCGCCAGUUGUGGCCCCCAAGCCCACCUACUUGCCUCCCAGUAAGCCGGAGACCAAGUACCUGCCUCCUGCGAAACCUGUGGAGAAGUACCUGCCCCCUGCCCCAACACCCAGGUACCUGCCACCCAAGGUGGCGCCCACUCUUCCCCCUCCACCACCACCACCACCAGUUGCCCCCAAGGCACUCUACCUGCCUCCUGCCGAGCCUGAGGUGAAGUACUUGCCCCCUGCAAAGCCCGUGGAACAGUACCUGCCUCCCCAGCCCGAGGUGGACUUCCACAUCCCCAUCCCCUCCUACGCCCUUCCUUUGGGUCCCGCCCCAAGUCCCAUCCAGGAAGCCGAGACGGGAUACCACUACAAGCCACCACUGCGUCGCUUCAGGCAAUAGGAUAGCCAACCACCGAAAAACAAAUACUCAUUCUCCACCUUAUUUUAAGCUGUACAAAUUAAAAGCAUAUUAAAGCCCAAAG